AUGACGACGAAUGUGACGCUUCCCCAUUUUCGUGUGAUACCAACGCCGUUUGUCAUAACACCCCUGGCUCUUAUCGUUGUGCCUGCAAAAUUGGAUUUUUUGGAAAUGGACAAACUUGUGAACGUAAGAAUGUUUGGAUUGUGAGGGAGGGCUCAUCUUUCCAGACAAAGAGGAAAACAGACAGAAGGAAUAAUUACUUGACUGACUGACUUGCCAACUGUUAAACUUAUUACUUUUUAACAUUUUGAUGUCAAUUUACAUUUUUCAUUGUUUUUUUUUGUCAUGUAUAGUAGACGAUCUAGUUUCUUUUUAUUUCUGUUGCUAGCUGGAUUUGGAGCCGGUGGAAGAAGAAGACGCUUUGGCAGUAUACAGACGUUCACUGUUCCGCGGACCACGCGCUAUCUCAUCAAAGCCUGGGGAGCUCGGGGAGGAACACAUUCAUACAAUUAUGGAUACCUUCCAGGAACAUACAAUGGUGGAAAGGGAGCGUUUAUAGAAGGCAAGUUCAGACUGAAUAAUGGAACAGUGUUAAAUAUUGUGGUGGGACAAAGAGGAGGGGAUUCGGUUGAGGUUGAAGGCGGACAAAGUACAAGCCAGACCGCAGCUCAACUUCGAAAAUCCGUGGAGGACAAUGCUGGCACUGGAGGAGGGGGAGGAAGUUUUGUUUACACUACAGAUAAUGUUCUGUUGCUGGCUGCCGGAGGAGGAGGGGGUGCGUCGGGUGGGUAUAAUGGUGUGGAUGGUCAGGCGGGAUCAAGUGGCACCAGUAGUGAGGGGAAAGAUUCGUCACAAGUUCGUAAUGGAGGUACAGAUGGGCGGCCAGGUGAAUGCAAUAGCGAGGGCGCCAGCUACCAUGGAGGAGUAGGUGCAGGUUGGUUUGGUCAAGGUUGUACCCGACUAGGCUCCUCCCAUGGGGAAAGAGGUGGAUCACGUGCUCAAGGCUGGAUCGGAGGUCAAGCCGGAAAUAUGAAUAGCGGUAAUAAUGGGGGCCCUGCACCAGGAGCAGUUGGUGGGUUUGGAGGCGGGGAAGGAGGUUCAGAAGAUAAUGGGGCAUCAGGCGGAGGUGGUGGAUCUUCUGGGGGAGGCAGUGGUACUCAUAAGCACCAGGCCGGAGGUGGAGGGGGCUCGUACUGUAGUGGUGAAGACUGUUCAGGUUUGUCUGGUGGGAACAUAAACGAUGACGGUGCUGUGCAAAUUAAUGAAUGGCUGGGCUGA